AUGAAUUAAUCUUAAUUUUUGCAAACCUUAAACUUUGAUCCACUCCGAAGUCCACCAUUAAGAGAAAUUGCUUUAAGACAUCAAGUUUAUCUCAAUUAAUAGUUAGAGAGCAACUAUAUGCGGUUUAUUGAUCGAAUCCAAUGAUUAUUGUCAAUGCUGUGGUUUAGGAAUUCAUACUCAACCUAUAUCAUUAAAGGCAAAUAUUAUCAAUCUAGCUUUUUUGGGUUAAGGCAUACCUUUGUUUUAUAAUGUAACCUUUCUCAUUAUUUUACUAACAUUUAUAUUAUUCCUUAUUUUUGGUUUGCCUACAAUCAUUUUUAAUUUUUUAGCCAAAAAUUGUGUAGAACAAACUAAUAUAGCUUAUAGUAUAUUUAGUACAUAAGGUUGUUCUAAGAAUUGUCCAUUAGAAAAUGAUGAUUUUAAAUAAAUUCAACAAUUAGUAUCUUCAAGUGACUGUAAAUUAAUAUGUGGACAUUACUAGGAAUUAUGUUUGGGGACUUUAUUAGUAAAAAUGUCAUUUUCAAAUAAAUAAUUAGAUAAUUAGUUAAAACUCAUAUAAUCUUUAUUUGUAUUAGGAUCUGUGAUUUUUAUAAAGAUUUAUUUAGUAUUUAUAAGGGAAAAGUAAAGAAUUAUUGAAGCAGAAUGUGAUUAAGAAUUGAUAUCUCCUUCAGAUUUUACAGUUAUGUUGAAUCAUCUACCAGAAGAAGAUUAUAAUGAAAAAGAGUUAGCAAAUGCAUUAGAAUAAUAUUGUUAGAAAAUUGACAAAUAAAAUAAAUAUGAAGUAAUUAAAAUUAAUAUAGCAUAUGACAUUAAAUCUUUUGUGCUUAAAAGUAGAGAAAAAAUUAAAUUAGAAAAAAUAUUAUAGAAAGAACAAAAAUAAUAUAUGAAAAAUUAAAAAUACAAAAGAAGUAAAUUAGAAAUUGAAAAAAUAAAACUUAAUCUAGAAUAAUUGAAAAAAGAAUUAACUGAUAUAGAAUAAGAAAUAGAAAAUGGAUCAUAUAGAAAAACUACUUCAGUUGCAUUUAUAACCUUUUAAACAAAAUAAUGUAUAUUUAUGAUUUAUUUAGAAUUAUAAAAAAUAAUACAAUAAACAAAGUUAUCAUAUUGGGAAUAACUACUUUUACAUGUUAGGAGAUUAAUUUAAAAUAAGGAUAAAAGAGGAUUCUAUUUUAAGAAUAAAUUAAUAUCUAUUUAGAGAGCACCAGAACCAGAUGAUAUAUUUUGGGAGAAUUGUGGUAUAGAAAAUUCAAUAAAAAUCAAAAGAAAAUUUAUUAGUUGGUUGGUAGUUGUUAUAUUAUUGGGAAUAUCAUUUGCUACACUUUAUGGACUUGAGAAUUUACAAGUAAUUAUUAUAAUAAUAUAUUUUAGAAUAAAUAUCUUUCAAAUGAUUUAGAUUUUAUAACAAAAACAUCUAUAUCUUUGUCAAAAUCUUUAAUAAUUACAAUAGUAGAUGCUUUAAUUUAUUAUUUCAUUACACUUUUAGCAAAUCAUGAAAGACAUGUAACAAAAACUCAUUAAGAUACUUCAGUUGCUUAGAAAUUGUGUUGUGUAUAAUUUGUUAAUUCUUGUUUUCUUUUACUUUUAAUACAUUUAAUAAUUGCUGGAUAAGAUGGAGAUUUUAUGGAAAAAUCAAAAUUUGCAAUAUAAAAAUAAGGAGGUGUUGCUGAUGAUCUGCUUUUUGUUUGCUGUAUGAAUGCUUUAUUCACUCCUUUUACUGCUUUUUUCAAUCCAGUUUAUUUUAUCAAAAAAUUAUAAUAAAUAUUUAUUGAAACAAACAAGAAUUUAAAUUAAUUAGAAGCUAAUAAAUUAUUUGAAGGUCCUUAAGUAUUAUUAUAUGAUUAAUAUGCAUUUGUUUAUAAGACAACUUGGAUCACUUUAUUUUUAGCUCCAUUAACUCCAAUAUGUAUUUUUAUAAAUUGGAUAGGAUUAUCUUUAUAUUAUUGGAUUUAAAAAUAUUUAUUAUUAAGAAGAAAUAGUAAACCUCCAUUUUAAAGUAGUCAUUUAGAUAGAGAAAUGAUUACUCUAUUAGAUUUAAGUCCUAUAUUAUUGGCUGGUAUUUAAUUUUGGAUAGAUGAAAUCUAUGUUUCUAAUUAUUUAAGUCAUAGUAUAAAUAUUGGAACUUUAGUAAUAGCAGGAUUAGAAUUGAUAUUUCCAUCUUAUAGAAUUCAUUAAAUUUUAUAUAAAAAUUAAUUAGAUGAUGUUGAAAAUUAAAGAUAUAGUGAUGUUCAUUUUCGAUUCCCAACAGAUUAUGAUAGAACUAAUCCUUUAACUAGUGAAUAAGCAACUUAAGAAUUUAUUAAAAAGAAAUUUUAAUAAGUUAAUGGAUCUUUGACUUUUGCUCGACAUUCUAGAAAACAUUCAACAAAAAGAUCUUUAAGAUAAUAUGUUCUAAAAGGAAUCUAAGAUGUAAAUAUAAAUAAAUCAAGAAUAAAAAUACUUAAAAAGAAACUUCAAACUGCUUAUAAAUUAAAAUUAUUCUAAAAUGUUUAAAUUUAAUAAGAAACUAAUUAUAAAGAAUCUGAUCAUGAAGACUCAAUUAAUACUUUUAAUUUCCCUAUUUAUCAAAGAGCUCCAAAUUAUAAUUUUUCUAGAGUAAUAAAUCAGUUUCCUAAUUAUUCCUAAUAUAAUUCUGAUCUUACAAAUAGAAGUAGUUCUAUUUCUUCAACUAGAUAAUUAAAUGCAUAGAAAUAUUAAUUAACAACAAAAAGAACUUCUUAAAUCUAAUCUUUUAGAAUUCAAUUAUAAUGA